AUGGCACUGUGGGAUAGCCAGUCUUAUAGUCAAGUCCCUAUCAUAGAGCCGUCUGUAUCUUAUCUCUUUAUCUACCACAUAUUAAGCUCAUUACUUGGGGUUGGUGUGUUGCACGUCAUUCUUUCAACACAAGCAACACGACCGUAUCAUAUACGGCAAGUUUCUAUUUCAUCGCGUGCCGUACACGGGACACCAUUAAUACAGAAAGCCAAAGUGUUUCGUUACACACCACAUGUUGGAGUUCGGCUCGGCCAAAUUGUCAAUCAUGCCGAACUGCACUCGUUAGCAAACGCUGAACUAGGAGCCUGUGUCUCCCACGACCAAGAUACAACUACUUCCUCUGCAUCAAGGCUCAAGUUAUAA